AUGAGUAAUUUGAUAUUAAAAUUAAGGUGUAAGGAACAUAAAAAAAAUAAAAUAAUCGGUAAGUGUGAUAAUAAUACCUGCUCAAAAGACCCUCUGUUUUGCAUUGACUGUCUGGCAUAGGAUUAUCAUUAGAAUCACUUAGAAGACACGACCAACUUUGGUGAUCUUGAAUUUAUACUAAAGGAAAUAUUACUAUAAUGGUCAAUAAAAAAUAGAAUUACAAAAAGUGUGAAUUCAAAAAGUGAAAUUUCAGAAGUAUAAUUAGACGAAGAAACUAAUUAAUUAAUAUUAAUAAACAAUUAGAUUUAAUACAUAGAAUCAAAUGAUUUACAGCUAAAUUAAGAAAACGAUUAAUUAUAAGAAAUAUAAAAUUAAGAAACAUUAAUUUAAGAGAAAAUAGAAUGUGGUUAAUGUCAUUAGAUUUAGGAAAUAAGUCAAUAUGUGAAUGAUGAAAAAAAUGGAAUUAGCAAUAACUGUUUAGACUAAAAAUGUUCAAAGUGUUAAUCAUCCUUUAAUUAUCCUUUAAAAAAGAUUGAAAACAAAAAUUAUUGUACAGAAUGUAUAAAAUGCCAUGAAUGCAAUAGGUAAGAGCCAAGAAGGUCGGUAGGGUCAUUUUUUUAUCAUGAGGAUGGUUUUUUAUAGAUAUCGAAAAAUUCAGAGCUUAAAAAAGUCAUGAUUGCUUAUAUUAAAAAAUAUUUUGGAACAAAAAUUAAAAAAGGAGAUAAUAAUACACAGAUUUAUUUUCUUUCUGAAUCAUAUCCUUGUUUAGCUUUAGAAGAUUACUCAGGAUAUAUAAUUGGUUAUAAUCAUCCAAUUAUUAAAAGUAAAUUACAAAUUGAUCCAAAAACAUAUAUAAUAACAGAAGAAUAGGCUAAUAUAUAUUUAAUUGAAGAUUUAGAUUAAUAUGAAAGAGAGCUAUAUGAAUUUUAUUUAAGAUAAGGCAGAAAACCAGAAGAUAUCCCUGAAAACGUCAGAAUGCUAUUGCUUUUUGUUCUAUUCAUUUUUAAAGAUUUCUCAUCUGUUCUUAAUUUAGUUCAAUAAAAAACUUAUAGACAUCUCUAUAAUGAUAUUACUAAAUAUCAAUAUCCAAAAUAAAAUAGUGUGUCUUUUCUAAAAGGUAAGGUUGAAAAGGCAUUAGAUUCUUUAGUGAUCGUUUUCAUAGAGAAGAUGGAAGUAUUAGAGAAACAACUAUUAUUAAUAAGUUUAAGAAAAUUUUACCUACCUAUAAAAGAGAGUGAAUACUAUUCUAAUGAUUUGAUAUACAACCAACAUCAGAUUAUUUAUUUAUUAUUAACAUUUUUAAAUGCCCGUUCUAUUCAUUCAAGUAUAAUGCUGAUUUUUAAUUACUUAAAUUAAUUAACCUUAAGCUCCAUGUAUAUAAUCUUCAUUAUGAAUAUAUUUACCCAUAAUAAUAGAAUUUAUGAUAGUUCAAAGAGUCCUUAGAACCAAAAGAUAUGA